AUGGAUCACACCGAGCAAUUCCUCCUGGACUUCGAGGCAGAGGAGGACCUAGAUGCGGAAGCUGCCCUAGAGGCUGAGAUGGGUGAAGAGGGCGGAAUCGAGACGGACCCAGCGCGGCUGGCCCAGCGACAGAAGCAGAUCACGUUUGGGAAGAACUCACAGGCGUACCAGAACUACAUCAAGGCUGUUCCAAGGCACACGCGCAAGCUCAGGGGAAAGGGCGCUCACCCCUCAACGCCGGACAUCACGCUCAAGGCCAGCAAGCGGUGUUGGGCAGGCAUCGUAAGCCGCGGGCGCUUUGGGACGAGCAUAUGA